AUGCCACCUUCAACAUCAGCUACCGGCUCCAAUCAAACUGGGGCAGGCGCCGCGCGCAAAGAAGACAACAUAUACAUCCCCUCGUACAUCAGUAAGCAGCCAUUUUACGUUAGCGGCCUUGAAGACCAUGACGAUUCGCUCCAACAUCAGCGCGCGCGCGCUGCCCAAGAAGAACAAAAAACAAUUCUCGACAAGGGCGGCAAGAAAGUUGGACCUGCACGGACAAAAUGGGUUAAAGGCGCAUGUGAGAACUGUGGUGCCAUGGGUCACAAGAAAAAGGAUUGCCUCGAGCGACCGCGAAAAAUUGGAGCGAAAUACACAGGCAAAGAUAUUCAGGCCGAUCGUAUUGUGCGAGAGGAGGUCAAGCAAGGAUACGAGGCAAAGCGGGACAUCUGGGCGGCGUACGACCCCAAGCAAUAUCAAGAGGUGGUAGAAGAGUACAAUUUGAUUGAAGAGGCGCGGCGGAAGUUGCAAGCAGAAAACGGUGACAAGAAAGACGGCGACGAAAGCGGGUAUGAGAAAGGCUUCAAGUACGCUGACGAGUCUGAGAUGGGGAGGGAUAAAACCAUAAAGCAGUCAAUGAGAAUCCGGGAAGACACAGCCAAAUAUCUGCUAAAUUUGGAUCCGGAUUCCGCCAAGUAUAACCCGAAAAAGCGCGCGCUCGUUGACGGCGGCGCUGUGGGUGACAGGUCCGCAAAGUUGUUUGCCGAAGAGAGCUUCCUCCGGGCAUCAGGCGAGGCUGCUGAGUUUGAGAAAGCACAACGAUAUGCAUGGGAAGUUCAAGAGCGAACAGGUGAUACCACACUACACCUACAAGCCAACCCCACUGCCGGCGCGCUUCUCCGGAAAAAGGAGAGCGAGGAACGAGAAGCAAAACGAAGGAAACGUGCAGAGAUGCUGGCCAGUCAGUAUGGGGAGCAACCUAUUCUCCCCGAGGCCUUGCGAACAGCCAUCACCGAGUCCGAGACCUUCGUCGAGUACGACGAGGCCGGUUUGAUUAAAGGCGCACCCAAAAGAGAGGCUAAGUCCAAGUACCCUGAGGAUGUUUUAAUCAACAAUCAUACUUCUGUUUGGGGAAGUUGGUGGUCCGAUUUCAAAUGGGGGUACGCUUGUUGUCAUUCAUUUGUCAAGAAUAGCUAUUGCACGGGUGAUGUUGGGAAGAGGGCUCUCGAAGAAGCCGAAGCAUGGGACAAGCGAGCAACAGAAGAGAGUUAA